AGUGAUAAGAGUCCCGUAUCAGAAGAAACCAAGAGCAUGCAAUGAAUUUGCGACAGAGACAACGCUGGUCUCUCAUGACUGUGCUGUAUUUGAUUAUACGCUAUAUGGGAAUACCGUUUUCUGUGUAUGUGUCGAGACCAAUAACUUUGCACUUGUUCUGCGUAUGUCUCAUAUGCACUGUGUUCCAUUUUUCUGACCGGCGAGACACAGGAACUAUGCCAUCGCUAUCGCUAUCGCUGACAGAUGCAGUAAGUAUUCUGCAGCCAUUUCAUUCCCAUCCAAUCAAUACACUCAUAUGUAGGGUACUACGUAACAAUUGGGACAAAUGCGGCUUUGACUGCCAUGUUAGGCGGUAAGUUGAUCAUGAUUGCUCAGUUGCAUGCCAUGUAUCA